AUGUCUUCCAACAAUCCAAACUUUUCCAAACAAAAUGCUCCAAACCAAAAUGAUAACAACUCUUUCGUACUUUUCGGCUACGAUCCGUUAUCACCACCACCUUACCGGCCACAAAUGGAUGGUAUUCAUAGCAAUUAUUUACAAUUCCAAAUGCCACAACAAUUCUAUUUCCAAUCUCAACCUCAAACUCAACCAUCGCAAACCCAAUUUCAAUCCCAACCGCCUUUCACACCUUCAACCGAAAUUGUUUCUGAUUCCGAACACGAAGAACAACAACAAAAGAAAGGGAAGGCCGAUCCGAGAAGAUGGACACAAAAAGAAGAAGUUGAGUUAGCAAAAGCAUGGAUCGACAUAUUCGAAGGUGGUGGCACGGGAAAUGGUCAAAAUCGUGAAUAA